AUGAAAACUUUACCAAAAUAUAGAAACUGUUUACAAUUUUUUUUGCUCUCGGACAACUGUGGAGGGCAAAAUAAGAACAAAACCAUGACUCAGUUCUGUUGUUGGUUUGCAAGGACACAUAACGUUACAGUAACACAACUAUUUCCUAUUCGGGGUCAUUCGUUUUCCGUUUGUUAUCGAAACUUUGGUUUAAUCAGGACCGUCUUAAAGAAAAAAAAACAUUUACAGCUAAGCCAUAUCUCAGCGCCAUGGUUAAAGCACGAAAGAAAGACAACCAUCCUUUUAAAGUGUUAUUGGACCACACACUGCUUCAUGACUGGAAAACUGGGCUUUCACCACUACUUAGACGUGUUCCAGCACCGCUUAUCAAAGGUGAUAAAUACACAAUUCAGAAGUAUGUUUUGCUAA